AUGAAUAUUAUCUUCUCUCUUCAGCCCAUUUGUCAGGCAGCUUAUAAUAACGAUUUCAAUGAAGUUCAGCUCCUUUUGGAGCGCAACAGCAACUAUCUGAACAUCCAGGACAGCUUCGGUGGAGACACCCCCUUAAUUUGUGCAUGUAAACAGGGAAACAACAGGAUAGCUAGCUAUCUUCUAAAAAGAAAUGCUGAUGUCAACCUCAGAAACAAGAAAGACCGCACUUGUCUGCAUUACGCUGUGAGAAAACGGUUUACCUUCCUUGACUAUGUGCUCAUCAUAAUCCUCAUGCCAGUUUUGCUUCUUGGAUAUCUUCUCAUGGUCUCAAAGACUAAACAGAAUGAAAACCUGAUCAAGAUGUUGCUUAGAGCUGGAGUGGAUGUUAAUGCUACAGACUUUUCUGGUAGCACAGCCCUUCACUAUGCUUGUGAAAUGAAAAACCAGGCAGUCAUUCCUCUACUGCUUGAAGCUCAUGCAGACACUUCUGUAAAGAAUCAGGAUGGGGAGACUCCCUUAGAUAUAGCAAGAAGGCUGCAGUUCCACAACAUUGAAAGCAUGCUGAGGAAAACUUCCUAG